UUAAAUGUGGAAGAUAACUGCCUCGAAAAUCUUGGGGAGACUCCUUUGCAAAAACAUGCUAAGCCAAGCGACCCCAGAAUGUACCUGGAGUUCAGGAGGGUGCCUUUAUUCUGCCGAAAACUACAUUACCCAGAAUGCAUCUAAACAAGACCUCGGGAAAGGAGCGCUGCGCUGCCGCAAGGGAUUAUGGAAGGCGUGGAUUCCCAGCGGGGAAAGUGAGUUUCACCUGCCAAGGGCGGGAGAAUGUUUGGAGACCGCCUUUCGCACGGACCCGGCCAGCGCUAGUGAGCGACCAAUCACCGAGCCAGCCCUCUGGAAGGUCUGAAAAGCGGCGAAUCAGAACGCAGAGGCUUCAGCCUUCACGGGCGCGCGGUAAUUUGAAUACAGUGGAGGAGACACUGGCUCCGCUGGAGAGAGGUCGCCGGCUCUGAGGUUCAGGAGUUCAGUUAAGAAGAUGUCAGCUUUUACUCCAAGAAAAAAGAAGCAGCGUUCUUUGAGCUGUGACAACCUAUUAUCAGACAUCUCAUCAAAGAAAUUAAUUUUGGACUUUGCUGAAAACGUACUUCCAUCACCUGAUCAAAAAUACAUUUCCCAAAGCAGUGAUAACAAUGAAGAAAAGGUACUUUGCUCUCAGCAAGGCCAUUUCAUUUCAAGUCCACUCAAAACAACUGAAAAAUCCAGAUUGGCAUCUGCAAAGCAAGGUUCACCAUUUAAAUCUGCUGUGUCUACUGUAUCCUUUUACAACAAAGAUCAGUGGUAUCUGAAUCCAUUAGAGAGAAAGCUGAUAAAAGAGAGUAGAUCCAUUUGUCUAAAAACUAAUAAUGAAGAUAAAUCUUUUCCCAUUGUGACAGUCUGCUCCAAGAAGAUAAACAAAAAGCCACAAAAGUGUUUAACUUCUAAAUAUCAACCGAAAUAUAAAUGUAUCAAGCCUGUAUCAAAGAAUUCUAAAAAAUCCAAGCAAAAUCGAGUGGCCUAUAAACCAGUUGUGGAGAAAGAGAAUAAUUAUUACUCAGCUCAAAAUAAUCUGAAUGCUCCUCGGGUUCUAAGCCAAAAAGUCAAACCACAAGUUACACUCCAGGGUGGAGCAGCCUUUUUUGUUAGGAAAAAGUCCUGUCUUAGAAAAUUGUCUUCAGAAAACAAGCCAUUACUGGAACUCACGCAAAAGAAUCCAUCAGAAGUGAUUGAAGAUUCUGGUGUAGAGACUGUCCGUAAAAGAAAAGGUUUUGAGACAAGGCAAGUGCCAAAGUGCUUGUUACUAGAAAAGGAACCGAAUGUUGAACUGCUUUGUGCAAGAAGUAAAAAUGGAGAGAAAUUAAUAAAGGAUUCAUCAGGUGGAGUAGUUUCUUCAAGAGAAUGUAAACCUAAUGAAAAUAAAUGUUUUCCUUCAGAAGAUUUUCUCAGUGAAAACAAGGCGGUUUCUCCUGAUUCUGUUGUCUACCCGAUCUUCAGUGUGUCUUCAGUCAAUACAAAAAGAUCUUUAGUUGAACAGUCUUCUGUGGGAUCCAUCAUAUCUGCUAACCUCUUGAAACAGAUCAAUACACAGAAAAGUACUAAUACUAGAGAUACAAAUAAAGAAACUAAAGACCAGCUCAUCAUUGACGCAGGUCAGAAACAUUUUGGAGCCACCAUGUGUAAGUCCUGUGGCAUGAUCUACACCGCAUCCAACCCUGAGGAUGAAAUGCAACAUGUCCAGCAUCACCACAGAUUUCUGGAGGGGAUCAAAUAUACAGGCUGGAAAAAAGAACGUAUAGUAGCACAGUUUUGGGAUGGGAAAAUUUUGUUGGUACUGCCACAUGAUCCGAGUUAUGCUAUCAGAAAGGUAGAAGAUGUCCAGGAACUUGUUGAUAACGAAUUGGGCUUCCACCAAGUUGUUCCCAGAUGUCCAAACAAAACCAAGACUCUUCUCUUCAUAUCUGAUGAAAAGAGAGUAGUUGGGUGUUUAAUUGCAGAGCCCAUCAAACAGGCCUUCCGUGUCCUGUCCGAACCAACGGGUCCAAGCUCUAAAGAAUGUCAUCGGGCUUGGCAAUGUUCAGAUGUACCAGAACCUGCAGUUUGUGGAAUAAGUAGAAUCUGGGUCUUCAGACUGAAACGAAGAAAGCGCAUUGCAAGACGACUGGUGGAUACUCUCAGGAAUUGCUUCAUGUUUGGCUGUUUUCUCAAGACUGAUGAAAUAGCAUUUUCUGACCCAACACCAGAUGGCAAGUUAUUUGCAACCAAAUACUGCAACACCCCUAAUUUCCUUGUAUAUAAUUUUAAUAGUUAAAGCCAGUCUCUACUAUAGAACAGUUACUGUGUGGACGAUUUCAGACAGCCCCAUAUCCUAUAAUAGGAACUAUUUAAUAGAUACCAAAAUAAAAAUACUAAGACACACAUAUAUACACAUAAACCUGUAUUAGUUUUAUUUCUUAUGAAUCAAAAAGUGAGGGAUAAAUUUGUUGAAAAGUAUCUGGGGACUCAAAAAAAGGAAAAGUCUGGAUAAUAUAUACUGACUAGCAUUGGAAUCCUUAAUUAUGAAACUUGAUAGCUCUAACUGGAAAAUGACAUGCCUCCUUCAUCAAAACAUUGACAAAGCAAGGUGGUUUCCACAGAAAUGUGACCAUUUCUCUCUUAUGAAGCACACUUUUGCACAGGGAUUACCUCAUGCCCCAUCAGAAGCAAAUAAAAUUUAAAGAUAGGCAAAUAAGUUCCAUGCCCAAUCUUUAAUGGUAAUUCCCAAAUUCUGUACACAAAAUUUUUAGUUUAUAGGUUUAUAGGUAUUGGCUGUAGUUGAAACUGAGUUUCAAAAUAUUUAGCAAGUGUUUCGAAUUUUUAAUUUGUAAUAGGGCUUUCCCAUCUUUAUGGUAAAUAAAGAAUGAGCAAAAUUUCCAUAUCCUUUGAUGUAGAACAGAAUUCUGUAGCUUAAUGUUUUAAUCUUUUUGCAAAUCAUAUCAAUCAAGACAUACUUGUCAUCAGAUCCAAUUAAAAUUAACCGUAGUAAUUGCACUAUUGUCAUUUCAUUCAUUUCAGUGUGAAAAUGCUAACUGUACUAAUCUUUAGUACACUUGUUACUGGGGAUUGAUGUCAUUAACACAAUAGAUGCCCAUUUCGUUUAGAUGAUUCAUAUGGUUACAUUUUUAAUAUUUUUGCAUGUUUAAAAUACAUCUUGUUCUGAGACAUCUGGCGAAGGUGGUGACAAAAUGAAUAGUAAUAUAACUAUUACUAUUUUAUAGUAAUAUAACUGAGGUUAGUAAAUGAAUAUAUCUAGGCCGGAGAAUUCGUGAUAACAUUAUGUAAAUACACCUCCAUAUGCACACAUUUUUCUAGUAUAAUUCUUGGAUACUUUCUUUGAAGAGCAAAGAAUUACUCAUAUUGUUUUGAUUCUAAAAAUCACUUAACUGCUGUCUGGUGGUAAGAUGCUAGGGAAGUAGUUUUCCAGGUUAUAACUUGGUAGAAUCUGUUCACGUGCAUUCUUUUAUUUGCCUGUAAGGUAACAUGUUUCCAAAAUUUAAAAGCCUGCAUUCCAGAAAGAAUAUGGAAGUGUUAAGAUGUAAUUUUGCAAACAUUUUAAUGCUGUUUUCUGCACUGCUGUUUUUGUUUUAAAUAUUUUAUUUAAAAAUUUUUAUUAACAUUAUUUUGCUUGCUCAGUGCUUUUGUGAUGAAUCAAUUAAAAUUCUUCUCAAUA